CUGCGCGGGCAGGUGGGGAAGAUGGCUGCGGUGCAGGGUGUGCCGGCUGUCCGGCCCGGGCCUGGAGCUGGGCUGGCCGGUGUGUUUCGGGCUCUCCUUCUCCUGCUGUGGUUUGCGGCUCGCGGAAGCGCGCUCUAUUUCCACAUCGGAGAGACGGAGAAGAAGUGCUUUAUUGAGGAGAUUCCAGACGAGACCAUGGUUAUAGGAAACUACCGGACGCAGCUAUAUGAUAAGCAGCGGGAGGAAUACCAGCCGGCGACUCCCGGGCUUGGCAUGUUCGUGGAGGUGAAGGACCCAGAGGACAAGGUCAUCCUGGCCCGGCAGUAUGGCUCUGAAGGUAGAUUCACUUUUACCUCCCAUACCCCUGGUGAACACCAGAUCUGUCUUCACUCCAAUUCUACCAAGUUCUCCCUCUUUGCUGGAGGCAUGCUGAGGGUUCACCUGGAUAUCCAGGUGGGUGAACAUGCCAACGACUAUGCAGAAAUUGCUGCCAAGGACAAGCUGAGUGAGUUGCAGCUACGAGUGCGGCAGCUGGUGGAGCAAGUGGAGCAGAUCCAGAAAGAGCAGAACUACCAACGGUGGCGAGAGGAGCGCUUCCGGCAGACCAGCGAGAGCACCAACCAGCGUGUGCUGUGGUGGUCCAUUCUGCAGACCCUCAUCCUUGUAGCCAUUGGCGUCUGGCAGAUGCGACACCUCAAGAGCUUCUUUGAAGCCAAGAAGCUGGUGUAGCCAUUUCAGGCCUCACCGGCCAUCCUUCCUCCCAGGCUGGGGGAGAAAGGGCCUUUGGAACUGACUUCUCUCUGACAGGAGGACAGGAGUUACCAGCCUUGUAUGUUCUGGAGGGGAGAGGGGCCAUGGGCUCCCCAGGCACAAGCCGAGGCUUGUGCACUGGCUGGCUAAUCCUGAGCAGGUAGUGGGACAAAUGCCUACCCCUGCCCUGGGCCCUUUGCAGUAAUCACCCAGGGGCUGGUGAAGCAACUGGGAACACCAUUGGCACCUCAGAAUCACAGUGUUACUGAUCAGGGAAGUGAGGUGGUAGUCUGGGGUGGCUGGGGGGAGGGGAGUGGGUGGGCAUGCCAGUCUUCCUUUUGUCUUCCUUUGCUAACUUGAGAUUUUGAGCAGGUUUGGGUGUGACUGAUUCCCUGCCUCCCUGGGAACCUCAGUGUUCCCUCCUUGGUCCUAGAACUCAGCCUGCUGAUCAUGGUGUGUGUGUCAAUUGAGGAUGGGGUAGAGCGGGUUAUGGUGUGGGAAAGUGCCCUGAGGUUGACCCCGGCAUCUUCAUAUGGUUGUCCUUUCUGGAGCUUGAGGAACCAGGGUCAAGCCAAGCAGAGGCCUUGGUGCUGGUUGGUACUGGGUCUACAGAGUCUUAGUUACUGAUUUCAUUUUCAAUAAGUCUAGGUUUGUUACAUUGGUUUCCCAAUAAAAGAAAUUGACUUCUUGUCCAGUGUGGAGUUACUCUGCUGUGUGUAGGCAUGAUUCUGCAAGGUGCUUCACGAGUUGUCAGUUCUAAUGGGCAAAGCAUUUCACAGUCCAAGAUGAGUACCCACUUGUGAACUUCGUACUUUCCUGUAGCAGGGCUAGUGGGUUUGUCCACAAACAACAAGUAAAUCGUGGGGUUGGGGCUUGAGCACACGCCAUUUGGUCUCGUGCCAGCUCCCAUUUGAAAUGCUCUCCCUGCCUUUCCAGAGUAGGUGGACAGAACUGUAGGUGCUACAAGGAAGGGAAGGUAGUGUGCAUUGAAAAGAGAAGUGCUGCAGGUGUGGGAAGCACAGAAGUCCCCGGGCUGGCAGGGUAAGGUUACCUGGCUGAACUAACGGUAUGGGAUUGCUGUUGGGGGAACAGAGGCAAACUGCUGGUAGGGAGAUAGGGGGCAUGGUUUCAGUGGGACUUGAUGGAAAGUUGUAAGAAAGCUGGAAAGGAAGGUUGGUUAGAAGCAGAAGGGCCUUGGGCCUCCCUGGUGGCGUUGGGGUUAAAGUCUCAGCCCUAUGAAGCUAUCACCAGCCACUGCAGCAUGAGUUUGAUCCCUGGCCAGGGAGCUAACCCACAUGGCACAGCAGACCUCUCCUGUCUUGCCCGCUGCUCCCCUCAGCAGUGAUAUUUCAGCAGAUCUACCUGUUCUGCUCCUCACUCUUGUCUCUGAUGAAUCCUUUCACCCCCACCCCCAACCCUGCGCAGCUCUGGUCUAGACCCUAGUUCUUGUAUGCAUAAAUAAAUAACAUAAAUCUUACAAAAAAAAAAAAAUGUAGAAGGGCCUUGAGCCCUAGAUGAGAGAUUUGGACAUUACCUGCUAUUCAGAGUUUUGAAUAGGAGACUCCCUUGAAGCUAAAUAUGAAGGAGGUUAAUCUAGCAGUGAGGACAGGGUGGGAAAGGGUGGUGGGAAGACAAAUUUGGGUCUUAAUCUGAGCUCACAUUGCCACCUACACCCACACAUUUAGAAAAAACAAAUUUCCAUACCUUUAGAAUUUCAGAAAAAUUGUGAGGAUAGUUUUCAUUAUUAAGGUUGCACAUUUGUAUGAUUCAUUUGUUAAUGUGCUGAUAGCAAUACAUUAUUUUAAAUAAAUUCCAUACAUCAUGCUGAUUUUUUAGUUGUUACUAAUGUACUUUUUCUGUUCCAGGAUUCCACCUAGGAUACCACAUUACACUUAGUUGUCUCCUUGAGCUUUUGACUGUGACAAUUCCUCAUACUUUCCCUGUUUGUUGUUUUUAAUUACUUCGACAAUUUUCAGGACUACUGGUCAGGUAUUUUGUAGAAUUUCCCUCAGUUGGGAUUUGUCUGCUGUUUUUCUCAUUAUUAGACAGGGUUUCUGGGUUUUUAAAAGGAAGACCACAAAAGUAAAGUGCCAUUCUUAUCCCAUAACAACGUGACUAUGGGUGUCACUGUUUAAAAUUAAUUUUGGGGAGCCUCCUUGGUGGCGCAAGGGUUGAGACGCAACCUAUGAAGUUGUCUGCAGCCACUGCAGCAUAAGUUCGAUUCCCGGCCAGUCAAGGAGCAACCCACAUGGUGCAGCAGACCUCUCCUGGCUUGCCCACUGCUUCCCUCAGCAGUGUGCUUUGGUCAAUCUGCCUGUUCUGCUCCCCACUCUGUCUCUGGUGAAUCCUCUCACCCCCCUGCGCCUCUGGCCUGUACCCCAGCUCUUGUAUGCAUAAAUAAAUAAAUCUUAAAAAAAUAA